AUGAUACGGAAUGAAAUGUUUUUGAAUCCCUAUACGUUGAGAAUAGAUAUCGGGACAGAAAUGAAGAAUUACAGAUUCAAUGAAUGUAAUUCAAAUGAAAAUCAAUCCCAAUUAUACAAAACAAUGAUAGGAAGUGCAGAAAGUGACAGUGACAGACUUUUCGAGGUGUCCCGAAGUGCUGGAUAG